GGCACCGUGUGAGAGUCCUAUCCCAGCCACCCGGCGCCCCCUCCCACGGCCAGGCGGGGAGGGGGGCGCCGGGGGCCAUGCGGGGCCAGGGCCGAAAGGAGAGUUUGUCCGAUUCCCGAGACCUAGAUGGGUCCUACGACCAGCUCACUGGCCACCCUCCAGGGCCCACUAAAAAAGCGCUGAAGCAGCGGUUCCUCAAGCUGCUGCCGUGCUGCGGGCCCCAAGCCCUGCCCUCAGUCAGUGAAAUUCGCCGGGUCUUCCGCUUUCUCGGUGACAGUUCGCUCCCUUCAGAAUUAGCCGCCCCAGCCUCCCUUCGCCCCCACAGACCCCGCCCGCUGGACCCAGACAGCGUGGAGGAUGAGUUUGAACUGUCCACCGUGUGUCACCGGCCCGAAGGUCUGGAGCAGUUACAGGAGCAAACCAAGUUCACUCGCAAGGAGUUGCAAGUCCUGUACCGAGGCUUUAAGAACGAAUGUCCCAGCGGAAUUGUCAGUGAGGAGAACUUCAAGCAGAUUUACUCCCAGUUCUUUCCUCAAGGAGACUCCAGCACGUAUGCCACUUUUCUCUUCAAUGCAUUUGAUACCAACCAUGAUGGCUCUGUCAGUUUUGAGGAUUUUGUGGCUGGUUUGUCGGUUAUUCUUCGGGGAACCAUAGAUGACAGGCUGAAUUGGGCUUUCAAUCUGUAUGACCUCAACAAGGACGGCUGUAUCACCAAGGAGGAAAUGCUUGACAUCAUGAAGUCCAUCUAUGACAUGAUGGGCAAAUACACUUACCCUGCACUCCGAGAGGAGGCCCCAAGGGAACAUGUGGAAAACUUCUUCCAGAAGAUGGACAGAAACAAGGAUGGUGUAGUCACCAUUGAGGAAUUCAUUGAAUCUUGUCAAAAGGAUGAAAACAUCAUGAGAUCCAUGCAGCUCUUUGACAAUGUCAUCUAGCUCCCCAGGAGAGGGGGUCAGUGUGUUUUGGGGGGAAACAUGUCCUAGCCCUAGUUCAGGGAGAUCUUAUCUUCUCUUUCCAGGUCUGUCCUCAUUCUGACUCUACUCUGGGGACACUAGGGAUCCAAGAGCCGAGGGAUUCAGUAGUCCAGAUCCCUGGAGCUGAAGAAGCUAGAGAGUGGGAGAGUGGAUUUAGGGGGUGUUCCCAACUCCCAAGAGCUCUCACUCCCUUCCUGUCUCAUACACAAUGCUGAGGGUCCCCUUGCUGUAGGAAUUAAAUGGUUCCCUACCUCCCACCUCCACUCUAGAAACCACAACCCUAGACAAAAUGUCUCCUGCUAUGGUGCUUCCCAUUCUUGAUCUCAUAAACAUUCCCUCUAAAACUCCCUUCUCAAAGAGGAUGUUCUGUCCUUUGCAUUGGCUGGCUUUUCAGAUCAGCCUUUGAGAGCCCUGUGGUAGGGAAACAAGAAUAUGGAGGGAGAAAUCUUGGGCUGAAGUCAAUGAUUAUUAGGUCCUAGAAAGUGGCUGAGAUAGAGAACAGAAAGAAAGGCCUGGGGAGAUUAUGAAAGUUCAGGCAUGCCAGGCUAUAGCUCCAAGUUCCACAGGUCUCCUACCCCAGGCCAUCAAAAUAUGAGUUUCCUUGGAAAUGCCCUAGAAAUUUUCUAUACCCAUCUCAAUUUCCUAGGAGAGCCUGAGCUCCAGAUAUCUGGCUCAUCCCUGGAAUAGUUUCUUCCUCUUCCCUCCUUCCUGCAUGUGUUGGUGGCACAGUGGCCACAAAUAUGGGUAGAAGAUGACCUGGCUGAUAACUGCUAAUGUUUCAAACUACCCUCCCUGCUCAUCACCUGUUUUGAUGGCUAUGAUUUGAGUUUUCAUUUGCUAUGUUCUCUAGACUUAGAAACAUGAAAUGAUUUAGACAUCUUCCUGAACUUGGGUCCUAUCAAUCUCCUUAGCAGAUGCCUUAGAACAGCAGUUCUCAACCUGUGGGUCACGACCCACAGGAACUGUAUU